AUGGAACUGGGGGGCAAGCUCACAGGCCCAUUGCUUAGCGCGCUGGCAGGCACGAACCUCUGCCUCCUGGAGGCAGAUCAGCUAAGGCAGAUCAGCCCCGAAUCAAUCAGGCAUGCAGAGAAAUUAGACAUUUCCUCUUGUUCCCAAGGCAAAAAAGACAUCCUGUAUGAAACUGCCCGGUCUGCCUUUGCCAGCCAGGAAGGAACUUCUGCCUAUUACCCCUUAAUUCAGCCAUAUCUAGGUGGAGCACCUGUGGAAGAUCUGAAAAAGCUGGCUAGAUCCCAGGUUGCAAUGGAUAUCAAUACUUUCACUAACUUGAAGCCAGAGGAAUUAAAGGCUUUGAGUGUGCAGGACGUGAAAGAUUUGCUCGGGGUCCAUUUGACUGAUCUGAAAGACGCUGAAGCCCACCCUUCUGUAGCUUUGUGGAUCAGGAGCCACUUCCAGUCUGAGCUGGACACUCUUGGGAUUGGUCUCCGAGGAGGGAUGAUGGCCCCACCCUCAACCACCAGCACAGCAGCCGGGGCCUCCGGGGCCACGAAACCCCACGGCACUUCAAUAGCCGUCGCGCCAGCCAUCUCCUCGGCAGCCUCCGCUGGGUCUGCUGGGAGCGUUGCAACGAUCUCAGGCGUAAAUGCUGCAACGUUCUCCGGCGCCGCCCUCACGGGGCUUUCCCCAAGCACGCUGGCUACUGCUGUGGACUCCCAUACAGCUCCGCCCUCCGAAGCCACUCUCACUGCGGGUGAAACAUCCACUCCCCUUGAGACCACCAACACGGCUCUUCCUACUGUCAGCAUACAUCCCAAAGCUGCCAUCCCCACCACCGUGAGGGCUCCAGUUGCCUCCACUGCCACGGACAUCAGCACCACGGCAGCUGCCCACCACAUCACAGCCAAUGGCACAAUUCUUCCAGCUGUUGCCAGAGGCAUCAACCUGACUCCCUCGGUCAACACUACAGCAGCACCCAACUACAUCACAACAAAUGAGACAAUUGUUCCAACAGUUGCCACCCACAUGAACGUAACUACCUCCGUCAACACCAGAGCAGCUUCCAGCAACGUCACAUCGAAUGGGACAGUUCUUCCGACCAUUGCCACGCAUACCAAUGUAAUUGGCACCACCAGUAAUAUCACUCACACUUCUUAUGCGAGGGUAUCUGCAGUGAGUGCCAGUGCCACAAUGUCCACCACACCCAACGUGACCGUGAGCGCCUCUUCUGAAAGGCCUUCGGCGCCACCCAUCCCUCUGUCGAAUGCUACCACCCUGGUGUAUCUCAGCACAGCCAUGACGGCGAGUGAAGAACUGCCAGCUGCUUCCAGCAGGACAACUGCCCGUGGGGCUGAAACUCCCCACGAAACAUCUCUCCCCGCUGGCCCUGGCCCACUGCGCACAACAAUCGCUGCAGCGUCCAAGAGGGGGACCACCCGCACAGCACCACCGAAAGCGUAUCCGACACCAAAUGGCUACAUCAACGUUAGGCCUCUAAGCGCCUCAGCUUCCUCCCUGUCUCUCAGCUGCCUUCUUCUGAUGCCGUCCCUCGCUGUUGGACUCUCAGUUCUCAGGAGGCUUUUCUGAGACCGCUGCUGCUGGUGCUCCUUGGCUAGAUUGCCCCCCUCCUGUGGCUAUCGAUGACAGCAAGCGCAAGAACAUAGGAAUUCCUGUCACCCACAACUUUAUCUAGAAUACAAGCUGCGUCCAGAUUCAGGCACCUAACAGC